GGAAAAAAAAAAGAAAAAAAAAAAGCAACUCCCCGAUCCAUCCAUCCAUCUCUUCUCCCAGAUCACUCAGCACCCACCGGUGGCCCACCAGCGAGCGACCCGCAGAGAAAACACCAAGAUGGCCCCGAUCUCCAUCAAAACCGUGCUGAUUAGUGAAAGUGUCGACCCUCGCUGCAAGGCGAUUCUGGAGGAAAAUGGCAUCCAAGUCACGGAGAAGCAGAACAUGACUAAGGAUGAAUUAAUCGCGGAGAUAAAGGACUAUGAUGGCCUCGUGGUUAGAUCUGCAACCAAGGUAACAGCUGAUGUUGUCAGUGCUGCUAAUAAUCUCAAAAUUAUUGGAAGAGCUGGGACCGGUGUGGACAACGUAGAUGUUCCUGCCGCCACCAAAAAGGGCAUUAUUGUCAUGAACACACCGAGUGGCAACACGAUCAGUGCUGCUGAGCUGACGUGUGCUCUGCUCAUGAGCCUCUCAAGAAACGUGCCACAAGCAGCGAUGUCAAUGAAGCAAGGAAACUGGGAUCGCAAGAAGUUCAUGGGCGCAGAGCUGUAUGGCAAAGUGCUCGGAAUAGUCGGACUUGGAAGAAUAGGAAAGGAGGUCGCCUCGAGGAUGCAGUCAUUUGGCAUGAAGACUAUUGGCUAUGAUCCAAUCACUCCUCCAGAGGUGUCAGCCAGCUGGGGAGUGGAACAGAUGUCUCUGGAGCAGCUCUGGCCCCAGUGUGACUACAUCACUGUCCACACUCCCCUGUUGCCCUCUACUGUCGGUCUGCUUAACGAUGAAAGCUUUGCCAAGUGCAAGAAAGGCGUGAAGGUUGUGAACUGUGCAAGAGGGGGCAUCAUCGAUGAGGAGGCUCUGCUCAGAGCCUUGAAGUCUGGACAGUGUGGAGGAGCAGGCCUUGACGUCUUUGUGGAGGAGCCACCUAAGAACCACUCACUGGUGGAGCAUCCCAAUGUUAUCAGCUGCCCUCACCUGGGAGCCAGUACGAAGGAGGCUCAGGCUCGCUGUGGGGAGGACAUUGCCCUGCAGAUCGUGGACAUGGUGAAGGGAAAGAACCUGGUUGGAGCAGUAAAUGCUCAGGUCUUGGCUAGCACGUUCUCCCAGGAGUCGCAGCAACUGAUUAAACUCGGAGAAGCCGUUGGAUCUGUUCUUCAGUCUUUCAGCGCGUCUAAGAAACCAUUCAGUCACGUUCAAAUAACUACACAAGGGGAUUGCAUGAAGUCCUGCACUGGUUACAUGACUUCAGCUGUGCUGGUGGGUUUACUCAAUCAUGAAUCAGGAUGUUGCCCGAACCUCAUCAACGCGCUGAGCUUAGCUAAGGAAACCGGAAUCACGGUUUACCAGGCCCACUGUGCAUCUGCCGGGGCCGCUGAAGGCGUGUGUAAGGUGGAGAUUGUGGCCAAUGGCUGCAGCUACAAAGCCAGCGGUUCAGUUCAAGGUGGAGCGCCUGUCCUCCUGGAGCUGUGCAACAGCGUGUUCAGACAGCCCAUCUCCCUCACUGGAAAUCUGCUGUUCUUUAAGGCCCCUGCGAAUCCUCAACUCCUGUCCUCACUGGCUGGAGUGUUGGCCACAGAGGGAGUGGAGAUUGAGUCUUUCAGUGCUCCUGCAGACCGCUCUGGGGAUCUGUGGUAUUGUGUGGGGGUGUCCUCGCUCUUGAGAGAUCUCAGUGCCUUGAACUCCGUGGUGAAGGAUGCAGCGCAGCUCAGCUUUUAAAUGGCAGCGCAAAGCACUUACAGAGGCACUGAAUAGCAUUCAGAAUGUGAGAUCUGUAACAUUUUCAGGAGCGUCUAAUAUAAAUGAUCCGGUCUUUGUGUUUACAGCUAACAACUUGUUCAGAAGUUGCAGUUUAAAACCUGCAUUUUAUAACAUUCCAGUGUUUAGAUGUUUUUAUUAACUUGUAGAAGUAGAAAUUAAAUAAAAAUG